GUGCAACUCGAAGCACUUGUCUCGGGAAGGGUGGCCAUGGCAUGGCAGCCUUCAGGAGAGGUAUGGCUCCUUGCGCACGGACCGAAGGCCAAAGAGUUCAUGGCGCCUUCGGAUGCCCGUGCUGCAGAGUCCAGGGAGAAGCUUUCGGAGGACUGGGAGAGGCGGAAGCCUGUGAUGGUGCAAGCCUGUCCUUGGCAGCGCCCCGUGCGCCCGAGCGGAGCGAGCGCGGUGCCGGAGAUGGAGAGAGCGAUCAUCCACCCCACCAUCCAAUCUUUAGCGCAAGCUCUGACAGGUCUGGCAGAGGCGGAGGACAUCCAGCCGCUGAGCGCUCUGAGGAGCGCGGCGCACUCCGCGCAGGGCGCGGGGACCUUUCUGCUGUCGAGUUCAAAUGCGCUGGCGGAGACGGGGCAGGGCAUUCCCGUGGACUACCGUGGGGUGCUGAAGUGCUCCCGGCACGCAGCUUCGCUGGCGUCGGAGCUGCGGAACCUGCAGCGGGCCAUGGGGCAGUGGCCGCUGCGGGUGCCGAGGCCGCUGAAAGCUGCGGAGGAGGUGGAGGGCCUCAGCGCCUUCGUUCAGGAGUUUGUGCGCAGCAGCCUUCAGAUGGAGGUGGGCCAACGCGAGCGGCACUCCGUGUCUUUGGCCGACCUUCUGCGGGUGGGAUGCCGUCCGCUGGCCCUAGAGGCGCGGGAGGGCCUCGAGCAUUUGGAGCUGCGCCUGGCUGUGGAGGUGGAGGACCUGGCCACCUGUGGAUUGCCGGAGAUUCGCCGUGCUGCCCAGCAAACCGCGGAGCUUCUGGCUGGCCUGGCUUCCCACGCUGCUGACGACCUGCCCUCGUCAAGCAGUUGCGCAUCACCGUAUGUGUCAUGGAGCACAGCCUUGGGAGUUCCGCAGCCAGAAUUCAAGGCCCCAGUUGGAGCGGCCGUCCAGUCCUUGCUUGAGCUCGAGCCCAUGCUGGAGCGACAUUUGCUGGGCAAGGGCACCGCACUGGCACGCGCAUCUCCUUUGCACGACCGUGUGAGAAAGAUGACGGAGGAGUGCUGCAAAGAGCAGUUCGGCACGCAGCUUUCGGAGAUCAUACAGUCCGCCAGAGGCCUGCGGCAGCGCUUGCAGCGACUUCUCUCGGCAGAGAGCCGGUACUCCGAUGAUCGCUUGCCUCAGAUGGAGGUUCCCAGCUGCUGGUGUCACGCCCGGCUCACGUCGCGGCGUCUGCUACUUCGCGAUGGGGCCACACCAGCCGACUUCGAGAUUUGCGCAUCUGGCUGGUCCGGUCUUUGCUCUGGGACGAUCUACUCAGACCUGGCGCGUUUGCUGACAGACCUCACCUUCGAGGCAAUACGCCUACCUUGCUUCGUAGAGGAUCUGGCCACCAUUUACUCUGCCGAUGGGCAUGCCGGUGCGUCGGUGCCGCCGGUGCUUUUGGGGGAGCACCUGGGGAUCACUACAGGCGCAGCAGCUUUCCUGUUGGCGAACGUGGCGCAAGAGGAUUCCACAUGGACGAACGAGGCACUGGCAGAUCUCAUCCAGAAAGCCACCCAUGAAGACAGGCCUUUCGCGCUGGCAGAUCUGGCGCAGAUGCUGUCCUGGCUGCGUUUGGGCCGCCAUGGCUUCCGCACAACUGUCACGCAGGUGAGCGAGGCGUUGGUUGCUUGGGAGCUUCCGUUCAAGCAGCGACACGAGCGAGCUCCGAAGGUGCCCAAAGCAACGAGAUGCCAACGCCAACCUGAAGUCUCUUCGCAGCGAGCGGUGCAUUGGGGAUGGCAGGCAGUUCGAGAAAUGCGUGAUGCAGCCGUGGACGUUUUGCCAGUCAUCCAGGGCGACGUGGAUGAGCUGUGGCCGCUCAUGUGGCUGGUGCCCAGCCUGCAUCGUGCCUUGCAACUGCUGGGAGCUUUGCACCUCUCUUGGAUGCAGAAGGUGUGGCUCUUGCAGCACAUCCGUCUCCUGUCCGAUCGCCUGUGCGGCUGGCUGGACAGCCCCACAGCAGCUCCCGGCGCCCGAGCUUUGCAGGUCCAGGUUGUCCAUCCGCGUCGGUGAUCUCGCAGAACUCGCUUCAGUGCAGCACCACCGCUUUGGACGGUUUUUAUGGAGUGAUUUUGAUUUGGUUGCCAGUUGCAGAGCCGCACAGUCGAGA